AUGACUUCAUUGUUGCGGCGCUCGGGGGUGGCGCGAUUAGCGAAUCGUAAAUUGACGCAACUAGAAGGAUCAGACGCAUCGCGCUUCCUCCAAGCAGUACUGACCAAUGACAUGAAGCUAUUGUCACGUUGUGGAGAUGCGAUAUAUGGUGGAUUCCUAAGCACCAAAGGACGUGUGGUGGGUGACUGCAAUGUACUGCAAGUCGGAGAUGACGCCUUCUUAUUGGACUACGAUAAAGAAGUCGAUGAACAGCUGAUGAAGCAUUUAAAGCGCUACAAGUUACGCAUGAAGAUUAAGAUGGAGGACAAGACAGACGCUUUUGAUCUCUACGCUACGCUACCCGCUAUCAUGGGCGAGGAGGACAUUGCAAUCCCAUCAUCAGUCAAGAUACUAGAUGAACUGCAGAUGAUUAACACUGGAGAGAAUGCGAUGAUAUAUCCAGAUCCACGUGGGGACUAUUUUGGGGUUCGAGCUCUUCUUCCUGCGGAUACUAUUUUUAAUACGCCGAAGAGAUACGAGACCAUGGAGAUGUCUGCGUAUUUGGAUCAUCGUGUCGCUCUUGGUGUCGCAGAAGGUAAGGAGCUGGUCGACGGGAUCCCGCUCGAGUGCAAUCUUGACUUAUUGCAGGGCGUAUCUUUUCGCAAAGGCUGCUAUGUUGGCCAGGAGCUCACGGCUCGCACGCAAUUCAAGGGUAACAUCCGUAAACGGUUAGUUCCCGUUGCACUGAUUCCAGCAGAGCAAGAGGAUGUGGUGAAGGAUCUGUCCGAACUUGCAUUCAAGCCGUUCGACGCGCCAUCUCACAGAGCGUUGCGUGCCUACUUGGCCGGCUCAAACGAUUGGAAGGACGUGAAGGCGCCUGAAAUUGGUGACAAGAUCGUGGCCACCGGUGAAACAAAAGCGGUUGGAACAAUUUUCAACGUUGGAAGAGACGUGAGCAGCGCGAUUGCCAUGAUGCGUUUAGGCCAUCUACUCCAUUCAGCGUCUGACGAUGGGGAGAGUGUGCCCACCAAUAAGUUCUUGACGCAGGAUGGUGCUUUUUACGCCGUUCCCUAUCAACCUCCAUGGUGGCCUCAGUUGAAGUUUGAGACAGGAAAGAUGGUGUUAUAA